GCGCUGGGCGCCACCAAGGGCCGCGGCAACCUCGGCCUCCAGUGCGUCGUCUGCGGCGACGUCAGCUCCGGCAAGCACUACGGCAUCCUCGCCUGCAACGGCUGCAGCGGCUUCUUCAAGCGCAGCGUGCGCAGGAAACUCAUCUACAGAUGCCAGGCCGGCACGGGCCGGUGCAUCGUGGACAAGGCGCACCGGAACCAGUGCCAGGCGUGCCGGCUCAAGAAGUGCCUGCAGAUGGGCAUGAACAAGGACGCCGUGCAGAAUGAGCGCCAGCCACGCAACACCGCCACCAUCCGGCCGGAGGCGCUGGUGGAGAUGGACCAGGAGCGCGCCCUCAGGGAGGCGGCCGUGGCCGUCGGCGUCUUCGGUGUUCCUUGUGUCGGCAGGCCGCCCGUGGGGCUCGCGAUGGGCUUCUCGCCCGUCAGGUACACGCAGGGCGUCCAGGGCAUGACGCUGCCGCCGCAGAGCCCCGGCAACUCCAAGGACGACGUGGACGACGAGGACAGCAUCGACGUCACCAACGAGGACACGCUGCCCGCCGACGCCCACCAGCACUCCGAGUCGGCGUCCGCGUCGCCCGGCACCGGCCAGGGCUCCCUGGAGAGCGAGCGGGCGCAGGCCAGCGGCGGCCACCCCAUGGGGCUGCCCCUGUACGGCCCCAUGCACGAGACCGUCUACGAGACGGCGGCCCGGCUGCUGUUCAUGGCGGUCAAGUGGGCCAAGAACCUGCCCUCCUUCGCCAGCCUGCCGUUCCGAGACCAGGUGAUCCUCCUGGAGGAGUCCUGGUCCGAGCUGUUCCUCCUCAACGCCGUGCAGUGGUGCCUGCCGCUGGAGCACGCGCCGCUCUUCUCGCCGCAGGAGCACUCGUCGCUCAACGGCAAGGGCUCCGGCCUCGGCGCCAGCCCGCCCGCCGGCACCGCCGCCGACGUCCGCACCCUGCACGACACGCUGCUGCGGUUCAAGGCGCACGCCGUGGACCCCGCCGAGUUCGCCUGCAUGAAGGCCAUCGUGCUCUUCCGAUCCGAGACGCGCGGCCUGAAGGACCCGGGGCAGGUGGAAAACCUGCAGGACCAGGCGCAGGUGAUGCUGGGCCAGCACACGCGCUCGCACCACCCGGGGCAGGCGGCGCGCUUCGGUCGCCUGCUACUCAUGCUGCCCCUGCUGCGCACCAUCGGGGCCCUCAGGAUCGAGGCCAUCUUCUUCCAGAGGACCAUCGGCAGCACGCCCAUGGAGAAGGUCCUGUGCGACAUGUACAAGAACUGACGCCACCUAUUUGUUUGAUUGUUUAUUUAUUUAUUUAUUUAUUACAUAGUUAUUGUUCACGAGCUAGAGUUUACUCAAUGUUUCAAGUAGUGUGGGAAGGUUUCUUUGUUUGUGCCUUUGCCGGCAAGUUGGCCCGAUCGGUGGGCCGGGGAGGGGGGAUGCAGAGUCGCCAACGGCUGCGAAUGAAAACGAAAUAAAACGUAUGUCUGGAGUGAACGAUUCAGUCUUAGCAACUAUAUUAGGAUAUUUUCGUCACUUUCUUUUUGUGUCAUUCGUUGCACUUUCGAAAUUAGAUAAAUUGUUUGAACUGUGACAGGAAUUGAAGACAUUACUUUUUGUUUUUGCCGAAGUUGUUUUUCUUUUGUGUAUUGUGGAGUGAAAGAAUGAAGAGAAAUUCGGAAGUCCAUGCCAUUGAAUGCACUUCUCGGUUCGUCUUGUUCUAUGCUGUGUCUUUGGUUCCUAUCACUGCGUACGUGCCUAGGUACCGUCUUCGUCUGUCUUUGCAUAUUGCUGUAAAAUGCAGGGCCUAAUUAAAUGCUUAGAUUGUAAGUCUUAUCCGUUCGACUAACGAUGAAACGUGGAACUUUACCUGUAUUUAACGAUUGAUUUUACCAAAGCUGUGUCGCUUUAAGAAGGUCGGAGUGUUGUACAAUG